AUGGCCCAUGAGGUCAAUGUUAUUGUUAAAGUAAUUGGGUCAGAAACUUGUAAUGUAUCUCAGCUGGAUGGUAACACCAAGAUCUUCAGGGAUAGAUGUGUAAACGAAUCAGACUUUGAAAGAAUUAAAAGCCUCCCUGAUUUGCGGCUGAAAACCUCAAAGGCAGCUGGCAGUCAGAAUUCUGUAGGGUCUCCACCAGAGACAGUUGCCCCAGAUCAGACUUUAACUAGUUUGGAAGGACUGGAAGAUAACUUGGAAGAUAGUUUGUUAGUCGAUAAGCAAUCUUCAUCCAUUUAUCCUGGAGGAAUACAGUCUUCAUCAACAAAGGGAGAGAGGAAUCCGACUUGUCAGAAAAGUGUAGACCUAAGGAAUAGCUGUAAUAAAAAAGCUAUGUUUAUGGAUCGUGCAUCCUCACCUAUCCUUACUGUAAAGGCUGCAAGAUACGCCCAACAAUGUCCAAAUAACCAGCGAUCAACAAACCGUGAGACAACUGAAAAACAAAAUACCACAGCUAACCAAUACACCAAUGUAAAAAGCGUGUCUCCCCAAAACAUAUAUAUGCUAAAUGAAAGAAAGAGAUGCUCUCAUGCUUCACCAUUAGAACCUCAAAGAAAAUGCCUCUCCCCACCAAGUAGUACUGUUGGUUUGCAAUCUGCAUCAUUCUCAGUUGGUCCUCAGUCCAAACAUAAAAUCCCAGGCAGACCUCAUUUGUCCUCUUGUAACAAUCGACUGACUUAUGGUAGUAGUAUCCUAGAGCAAGAUCACAAAUCACCUGAGUAUACGCUCAAGAAUUGGGAUCAUUUAAAUCAAAAUACCCCACAACACCAGGAAGAUGAUGUGAUGUCCAUAGUGCCAAGUGAGUGCAACACAGAUGUCCUGCUUAGCAUCAAUCCUCUGAGAGAGACCAGCCUAACUGUGGAACAUCAGUGUAUUCCUGAUGAUCUUCCUAUGCACAACAAAUUUACUAACUGGUCUGGCAUCAACCAGCAGCCAUCAUCAACGCAUAAUAAAAUAAACAGACUACCUGGACAACACUUAAGCCCAAAUUACCUGCGAGCAAUGGAGUCAGAACGACCAGAGCCUUUGGAGGAGACUGAUAGAAAGACAAGAGAAAUUGUGAAGUUGAGAAAAGAGCGUGAGCAGGUUCUAGCAUCUGUUCAUCUGGAUCUGAGCCCUCAUAAGCUGACGGUUGAACUCACGGAGGCCAAGCUACACUACGGGCAAGGGGAAACAGACACUCUUCUUAAAAUCCUCAAGUCUGGAUCCAAAGAAGAACCCCCGGCCUUUACCAAACAGGAACUCCUUGACAGGCACAGGAAAAGCAUUGAAAGCCUAAGAAAAGAAAGAGAUGUCCGUCUCCAGAUGUGCCGUCGAGCUCGAAGCCUGAGUCCUGGUAACAACCGGAUCUCUCCAAGUCAUGAGAGGGAACAUUCUCAGAGAAUUUCCGACCUGCCAAGCAGACGAAGGGAAUAUCUCCAGCAGCUCCGCCAAGAAAUAGUUGAAACGAGCAGAGUUCCCGAUCCACCAAGACGAGAGGGUCAGUGUCCAUCUGAUAUUGAGAUUCUACUGCGUGACUACAGCAGAGCCCGUGAGGAAGCAAGAGCAGAGAUCGCUCGUGCACGUCACAGACUUCGCGAGAGGACAGAGCAGGAAAAGAGACGAAUUCAGCAGCAAGCUCUUGCACAGGCGGUGAAGGAUGACCUGCGUUUUCGCACUCGCAUUAGUAACAGUACAUUAUGCACUGGAUCAAACCUAAGUCUUUCCUCUGGGCCCACUUCAGGCUACAACAGUAGCAAUACUGCUACACUGAAAGACAAUACAUCACCAACAAUUCAGAUAAACGGAGUCCCAGAAUUUAAAGUGAGGACUCGACCACCGGUGAUCCCGUUACAAACUUCAAAAGCACAGCGUAGAUGGUUGUCAGUCCAGGAUGUCAGCCAGGAGACAUUUGUCACUGAAUACGAGUCCUCCUCCACCCCAUCAUCUCCUCCCUGUGCUCGACAGCGCACCCUCUCUUUUGGCUCUCCCUCAUCUAUAUCAGCUUCAUAUCAGGAUAUUGCAGACUGCACUCUUGCCAGUGCUAUUUCUGAAAUAUAUUUGGCUUCCGGUGGUGAUGUGAGGAAUCUGCUAGCAGGGAAGGCAACCAGUCAAUGGAGGCAUCAGGGUGUGGAAAGAGGUGUUCAGAUCUUUCAUAAGGCCACGGCUAAGACCACAGCUCAUGGGUUUCUCGGAGCGAUGGAGCUGGAGAGACCUCUGGACAGUCUGUGGUAUAUUGUUCGAGACCACUCAAAGACUCAUUUAUACCACGAGUCUGUUAGAUCUGCCUGGACACAACCACUGGAUGAAUGCAACCAACUAGUCUACCUGUUAACAGACACAUCCAAUUGCCAGCUUAAACAGCCACGGGAUUUCUGCUGCCUAAGUACAGAAUCGAAACAGGAUGAUAUGUGGGUUUUGGCCAUGCAGUCUAUAUUUGAGGAGACAAUGCCACGCCCCAGUGUGGAUACUGUUCGUGGAGAAAUGCUCCCCAGUGCAUGGAUCCUUCAACCCAGUCAGCGUAAUGGUCAAGAGGUAACCACAGUCAUCUACAUGCUUCAGGUUGACUUGGGAACUCCGUCCUUAGCUCCUAAAAUGCUGAAUACAGUGUCUAGGAAGCAGGCAGCUGUCAUAGCGGAUCUUAAUGCUUUCCUUUCUUUAUGAUAUGAAUGAUUUCAUUACGAAAUCAGGUCACACUUACAAGCACUUACAUUUAAAACCAUGAAGGUUUUGCUCAAAUUUGCACCUCAUUUUUUUUGUCCUUGACUUGAUUUUUUGCAUAGCACUGAUGGUAUGAAUACCUGUAUAUUGUGUAACAAUUUAUUUGCCACUUUGUUUUAGUGAUUUUUGUGUUAUUAGGCGAUUUUUGGGGGUUCCAGCCUGUGCCAAAGUAUUAUUUGAUUUAUCAGUCUUAUAAACUUUACAACAAAGUCCCAAAGUUUUUUCUCUAUUUAUGUACAUUUUAUUUCCAUACAGUAUGUGUUACUUGAUUACUCUUUGAUAUAGGCUACACUAUGCAAACAGCUCUGCUUAUUGUGAGUAGGGAUAUUUAUACCAAAACAGUCCACUAUAUUACAGCAUUCCUUUAAUUCAUAGCAUUGCUUUAAAGGAAAUGUUCACCCAAAAAUAAAAAUUCACAUCAUUUAUUCAUCUUCACACAUCCCAGGUGUAUGACUAAUCAUAAACAGAGUUUUAAAAAAAAUCAUAUAUAUAUGGGAUGCAUAAUGAUUAAUCUCAAUUAAUCUAUUGUAGAAUAAAGGUUUUUGUUUACAUCGUAUAUGUGUGUGAACUGUGAAUAAUUAUGAAUUAUGAAUUUAUAAAUAUGCACACAUGCAUGAAUAAUUUUAAGGAAAAAUAUAUAUUUAUAUAUUACCUGUAAUUAUUUAUAUUUAUAUAUAAUAUAAAUUAUAAAUAAAUAUACAAAUUUAAACAUUUCUUAAAUAAAUACAUGCAUGUGUGUGUUUUUAUUUAUACAUAAUUAUUAUACACAGUUCACACACAUAUAUGAUGUAAAUGAAAACAUUUACUCUGCAAUAGAUUAAUCGCGAUUAAUCGUUAUGCAUCCUUAAUAUAUAUGCAGAAUCUCCUAGUCUUUGUAAUCCCACUGGAUCGUCCCAAUUUUUUGAAGCUCCAAUAUGAACACAAAUCCAUUAAAAAGUAAUCCACCUGACUUCAGUGAGUUUUUCAAUGUCCUCUGCAGUGAAACAAUGAGUUUGAUGUAAUAUUCAAUGUUUAAAAAUCGGUUUCCUUGUAACGGUUAUUCAAGUUUAAGCCUAACAUGAGAAUAGACUAAUAUGAAGCGCAGAGGACAGAGUAUUACCUCACCUCAUAUGCACCUUGGAUGGCGUGAAGGUGAAUAAAUUAUGAGAAUUUUCAAUUUAGGGUGAACCACUACUUUAAGCUACUUUCAGAAAUAACUACACUAUAAAACUUGAACUUGACACUAGCUAUAGAGUCUUUGUCUGUUUCUAAUUUUAGCAGUACAGUGCUUAUAUGACAGCACAUGUCCAAUUCAUUUUGUGAAGUGUUGGUUAGUAGCAUUAUUAGCUAAUUUUCAGGUUUUUGUGCAUUUUUUUAUUACUUACCAAAAGUCUAUAUUACAUAAGCUGGGACCAUUUGAUUGCAAUUUUGUUGACAAUGAUACUUUCAGUAUUUUAUAUUGUUUGGAAAAACUAUGGAUGCAAAAUGUUGUAAUUUGUAUGUUUAAUGUAAAUGCUAACAAAAGUUCAUAAUUUUAUGUAUUUAAAUUGAAUUAUUAUUUUUCCAAAUGAGUCAUACAGUUUAUAGACGUGUAUGUGGAUUUGCAUUGAAGCCAAGUAAACAAAGGGAGAUUUGGCAAGCACUGUAAAACGCCACCAUAACCUUUAUUUGUUUUAUUUGUACUUUAUGAAACUGAACUGAAGGAAAAAUGAAGUCUACAGAACAAUGAAGGAACUAUAUUUUUAAUUAUAAUCAGAUUUUGUGUUUAAUAUACUGUUAAUGUCACCUUUAUAUAAUGGCAGAUAUAAAUGUAAAUAAUUUAUCAUUUGAUAUUUUACGUUGACAAUUUUGUUAUUCUGUUUUUAAUUUAUGUACCAGAACAUAUUUUUAUUAAACACGUUUGACCUUUUCAUACAA